AUGGGAGCCCAAAGCUGGAUGCGUUAUGUCACCCCAAACGUUGCCAUGGAGAUGUGGAACCUUCAGGACCCUAGUGAUGUCAUUAUUGGUUUUGGCGCCAGACAGGCUUUUAGCUGGACAGCACCGUUGUCAGAACCCAGGAUCCAGACUCUCAAAGAUCGUAUGUGGGCAGAGCAGCACUUGUCCACGUUUGACGUGGCUAUCCAGCUUCCAGAGAGUCUGGUCAAGAACACAGUACAGUACUCGGACUCGCCUCUGAGACUGACCAUGUUCAUCUAUCGUAAGACGGGACUUUUCGUUGGGAGCCGAGCUGCAGACAAGGACCAGGGGGUAGUGAACAGUGCCGUCAUCUCAGCCAGCCUUGGUGGUCGCAGAAUCUCCAGUCUAGAAGAUAAAGUCCGCCUUGUCUUCAAACCAUUCCGGGAACCAGUCAAUGAUGACCAGUCCAGCCAGUGUGUUUUCUGGGACACGGAGUCCGGUGGUAGUGCCCAGUGGUCAUCGGCUGGCUGUGUCUACAAUGGAACUGUUAAUGGGAGGACAGUUUGUCUUUGCGAUCAUUUGACGAACUUUGCUAUUCUCACGGAUUUCUAUGGUGACAGAGUCCCAAUUUCCAAGGGUCACGAAACAGCUUUAACAGUUUUGACAAUUAUCGGCCUAAUACUGUCAAUUAUUGGACUCGCCAUUACUAUCAUCACAUUUUUGGCUUUCCAAAAACUACGACAAGGUCGCGCCCAACAAACCCUGUUCAACAUGUCCGUAGCUCUGCUCUGCUUCCAAACGACCUUUCUCAUAGGGGUCAAACUGACGUCAGUGAUGCCUUUAUGUUUGGCGGUGUCGGUUCUUCUCCACUACUUCGUCCUCGUCUCCUUCGCCUGGAUGUUGAUAGAGGCGGUGCUGCAGUAUCUGACCUUCGUCAAAGUGUUGGGUACUUAUGUGUCCAGGUACACAUUGAAGACGGUGCUUCCUGCUUGGG